UAUUUUUUUUCCUUCUCUUCUCUUCUCUUCUUCUCUGUUUAAAAGGCUCUGUCUUUUAAGCAUUUCUUCAAACGAGUCAUCUCCAGAAAAUAAAAAAAAAAGGAAUUCUUUUUGGUUUUGUGUGUUUUUUUAAGAAAAAAAGGUCACCGGCGAUUCUCGCCGGAAAAACGCACCUGUAAAAAGUUCUUACUUUAAUCACCAAAGAAACAUCCCAAGAAAGAGUUUCUUUUUUCCUUUUUGUUUCUUUGGUUUUUGUUUUCUGGGUUUUUUAGUGAAGAAAAUUUAUAAGCAAAUAGAUAGAAAAAGAAGACCAGAUGUUAAAACGGCGGCGUUUCCACCGUUUAAUUGAUCAAAGCUCUAAAAAAUGGUACUUUGAUGGAGGAAAGGAUAAUAGAAUGGAUUGUUUAAUAGAUUGUUAAAGGGAGGGAUAGUUAUAUCAUAUAGUGUUGUUAUUUUGAUGGGGAAGGUGGCUUUGGGGGUGGCACUAGGGGUGGCGGUGACGACGUGUGCGGUGGCGGCGGUGGUGGUAGGGAGGAGAGUAAGGAGUAGGAGGAAGUGGAAGAGAGUAGUUGGAGUUUUAAAAGAGUUGGAAGAAAGUUGUGAGACCACAGUUGGGAGGUUAAGGCAAGUAGUGGAUGCUAUGGCUGUUGAGAUGCAUGCUGGUUUAGCUUCUGAAGGAGGAUCCAAGCUGAAAAUGUUGCUCACUUUUGUUGACAAUCUCCCUUCUGGGAGUGAGAAAGGAACUUAUUAUGCUCUAGAUCUUGGAGGUACUAAUUUUAGGGUCUUACGGGUUGAACUAGGAGGUCAAAGAUCCUCCGUCUUGGAUCAAGAUGUGGAGCGACAACCCAUUCCCCAGCAGUUGAUGAGUGGCAGAAGUGAGGAUCUUUUGGAUUUUAUAGCUUCAUCACUACAGCAGUUUGAUGAAAACGCAAAUGAUUUCGAGAAAUCCUCAAUUAGGAAAGAACUUGGAUUUACAUUCUCUUUUCCUGUGAAACAAACAUCUGUUUCAUCAGGGAUUUUAAUCAAAUGGACAAAAGGAUUUGCAAUCAAAGACAUGGUUGGAGAAGAGGUAGCUGGAGCUUUACAACAGGCACUGGAUAGGAAAGGUUUAAAUAUGCGAGUUGCUGUGCUGGUGAAUGAUACUGUUGGAACAUUAGCUCUUGGACAUUAUCAUGAUGCAGACACUGUUGCUGCAGUGAUAAUUGGAACCGGUACAAAUGCCUGCUAUUGGGAGCGGACCGAUGCUAUCAUUAAGUGCCAAGGACUUCUUACAACUUCUGGAGGCAUGGUUGUCAACAUGGAAUGGGGAAAUUUUUGGUCAUCUCAUCUGCCAAGAACUUCGUAUGAUAUUGAAUUAGAUGCUGAGAGUCCAAAUUCCAAUGAUCAGGGUUUUGAGAAAAUGAUAUCAGGCAUGUAUCUUGGUGAGAUUGUUAGGAGAGUGAUUCUAAAGAUGUCACAAGAGUCAGAUAUUUUUGGUCCUGUUUCUUCCAGUUUAUCAAUGCCCUUUUCCUUAAGGACGCCUUUAAUGGCCAUGAUGCAUGAGGAUGACUCCCCUGAAUUGACAGAAGUGGCGAGAAUCUUAAAAAAUGUUCUCGAGAUUCCAGAUGUUCCCUUGAAGGCAAGGAAGCUUGUUGUGAAGGUAUGUGAUGUGGUAACCCGUAGGGCUGCUAGAUUGGCAGCUGCUGGUAUUGUCGGGAUAUUGAAGAAGAUUGGCCGGGAUGGAAGCAGUGGCAUUACAGGUGGAAGAAGUAGAAGCGAUAUUAAGAUGAGAAGAACAGUAGUGGCAGUCGAGGGAAGUUUAUACACACAAUAUACAAUGUUCAGAGAGUACUUGCAUGAAGCCUUGCAUGAAAUAUUGGGAGAAGAUAUUGCGCAGCAUGUCAUUCUUAAGGUCACAGAAGACGGAUCAGGGAUCGGAGCAGCUCUCCUUGCUGCCUCAUAUUCAUCCAAAAGUGUCGAUAACGUACAGCUGCUAUAAAUAUAUAUUAUAUAAUAUACAUAUAGCCCCUGUAAAUGUAGAUUUCAAUUUCAUAUCUUUCAUAUAUAAAAGAAAGGUUUGUUCUUUACUUGGCAAUUUUUCAAAGUUCCCUUCAAUUG